AUAUUAGAGGGAGGGCGGGGAAGGAAGGCGACUCGAUUUUCUCUCCCUGGGCUAUCCUUUUCCCUUCACCGCUUUCCGGCACUGAUCUCUUCGAGCAGGCGAGAAAAACUAGCCGGUCGCUCCUGUGCUCGCCGGAACCGAAACCGGGGUCGACUAUGGAUACGUUUUCAUAGUUACAUUCUCGAAGCGACAGCGCGCAUUUAUCCUAUGUACGUAGACUGAAAGCCGAUCAAGCGGCACUCUACCUAGUGGAUUUCCGGCCUUUCGUGUGCGCCCUGCGGGCUUCGCCGGAGGGAAGACAAGGAAUGCGUCUCGUCUUUCUCAAGUAAACACGAAUCGAGUCCUUUCGAGACAGCGUACUUUUCUCGAACAGAAUAACAACAUACUCUCAUAUUUUUGGAGUCCGAUCUUCUUCUUGUAGACAGGGAAUAAAAAACAGAGUGUUAGUACGUAUUUGAAGGGACCUUGACGAAAGCCGAGCUGCGGCACUCUUUCCGGUGUUAGUUUCACCUUCUUCGCUCGGAAGAAGCAAAUAAGAGAAAGAGAGAGCGACAGAUAUAUAUCAUGUAUAUAACAGAGAGAGAUAUGGAGAUCGUUCUGGACCAUCCGAUCGUCUUUUUCUCUGAAGAGCAGGAGCCUGAAACGGAAUCUGUUGAGUUCCUUUUCUCGACUGAAUGUGAACAUAUGCCUGACGGAAACUAUUCUCAGAAGUAUAAGACCAGAGAGCUUCAAGCAUCCGAUAGACAGGAAGCCAUUUCUCUCAUCUUGAAGAUUUCGAGAUUGGACCAUUUCGUCGCUUAUCUCGCUGUGAAUUACUAUGAUCGGUUCAUUUCGUGGCAGCAUAUCCCGAGGCACAAAGCGUGGAUAUCUCGCCUUGUCUGCGUCUCCUGUGUCUCCCUCGCAUCAAAGCUGCGGAAGGCGGAGUUCUUGCUUUCCGAUCUUCAGAGGGACGAAGGAUUCUUCUUUGACGUUCAGACGAUCCGCAGAAUGGAGCUAUUAAUUCUGAGCGCCCUCAAAUGGAGAAUGCGAUCCGUUACUCCGUUCUCCUUCAUAAAUUUCUUCCUUUCCCUCUGCGAUAUCGACUUUCAGCCAUUAAAGGCGGUAAUGAGGGCGCGGGCUAUCGAGAUGGUCCUGAGGUCGCAGGCGGAGGUCAAGAUUCUGGAGUUCCGGCCUUCGCUUGUCGCAGCGGCGUCUGUGCUCUGUGCUUCCCGUGAGAUCGCUCCGUCCUUCGCCGUCCACCAGGACGCCGUAGCCGAAUGCGUUCACAUGAAUAAAGAGCAGCUAGCUGCCUGCUACGAGUUGAUGCAGGACAUGAUUGUGGUCGACAAGUACGAGCCUGCAGCCCGUUCGAUGUCCAGCGAUGAUACGCCCGUUACCGUACUCGACCGCCAUUGCUCGAGCUCGGAAAGCGAGCUUGGAGACAGCGUCGUGGCGGCCUCCACGACGUCGUCCUCGGGUGGCUUGGCGACGCUCCAGCUCUACCAGACGGUGGCGUCGACCAAGAGGCGGAGGCUCAAUGGCCUGUGCACUGGCAAGAUCGUGCAGGUCUCCCAGAUGCAGCAGUGCUCAACGUGACCUGAACGCGACCCUCCAAGAACCCCAGCUGCUAGUCUUUCCCUCUCUUCGUGCUUUAGUUAUCUGUACGGAUGUGCCAAGGGAGAGACCAAAUAGUGAAAGGGAUAAAGGUGGUAAGAAGGCCUAGUCCAGUCUAGUUUCACCGGGGCAGGUAAUCCUCGAGAUCUUGCUCAACAAUCGCUGGUCAAUGUCUAGUUUUACCGUGAGUGGUCUUGCCUGGAAAAGCCCUAGCCCCUUCUCUAUUUCUUUCUGUGCGUUCAGGCUCUUAUCUUAAACAAUAAAACCAAGAAAAAAUAGAAAAAUUCGGAAAAAGCCGAAAAGGAGGACUCUGGUAGGUGAUUUUGGUUCA